AAUUAACAAUUCCGAGAAAAAUUGUCGUAAAAAUCGAAUUUUAUGUGGAAAAAAGAGGAAAUUUAGUUAAUAAAAUAUUAAAAAUUGCGAAAAUGGAAGGCCCGCCAGCGCCGCAAGAUCAAAAUCUCCGCAAUAUAAUUGAUAAAUUGGCAGAGUUCGUUGCCCGCAAUGGCUUGGAGUUUGAACAAAUGACGCGAAAUAAGCAGCAAAACAAUCCAAAGUUUGCAUUUUUGUAUGGCGGCGAGUUUUUCAGCUACUAUCAAUGGCGUAAAGAGAAGGAACGGGAAAGGGAGCGACUAGGAAAUAUGCCUCCGCAGGGGCUCCAAACGGGUCAACCGCCUCCGAUAUGGCAAAAUAAUGCACCAACAUUGCCGAAUGUCUUGCCACAAGUGCAGCAGAAUCCAAAUACCGCCCAAAUUGAGGCAAUUAAUGUACAACAAAAUAAAUUACGGGAACAAAUUAAGCAGUCGGAGUUGAAUUUGCAAGCGCAGCACAGUGUCCUUUUAACGCAACAACAAAGCCAAAUCGAUGCCGCUGUGAAAAUCGCUCAAGCUGAACUGCUGCAAAGGCAAGCGGAUGAAGCGGGAAUCAAACUUUCGGACUUUGAUGCCGUUUUGCAGCCCAUUAUCGAGUCCUGCACGAAGGAUAGCAUCUCCAACGGCAAAAGCUGGAUAUUACAGCACACUUCUGAUGAGUCAAAAUGUCAAGUUGUUUCACAGUAUCUUUUAAAGAAGGUCAUGACCGAAGGUGCUCCAUUUACACAGAAACUUCAUUUGAUUUAUUUAGUAAAUGAUGUAAUUCAUCACUGUGUAAGGAAAAAUUCUGACGAACUAAAGAAAUUUUUGGAAAAUGUCGUGAUUCCAAUGUUCUGUAAUGCUCAAAUGUGUGCUUCCGAGGAACAACGAGCAAAAUUGACGAAAUUACUCACGCUGUGGGAGUCAAAAGCGAAUUUUUUCGACGCUUGUGUGAUUUCAAAGCUAAAAUCGCCGCCGUCGUCAAUUCAGGAGUAUCAAGCGAGUCUUUUGACGCAACAUGCAGCUAUUAUUGCUCCAUUGACACAGGCUUCGAAGGCUACUUAUGAGAAUUACCAACAACAACAUCAAGUAUUCGCGGAUCACGCAGCUCGUCAAAUCCAAAUACUGGAAACGCAAAAACAGCAACUCGAACAACAAGGCAUCCAAAUGUUGCUUCAAAAUCAGCAGCAACAACAUCAAAUUCCCGUCGUUGGUCAACCCGGAGGACAAAAUCCCGUCUUAAAUCCUCAACUAUCGUCAAUCAUUCAACAAAUCCAGAUGCAACUGAGUAACGGAAACGCGAACAACGCCAAUAACAACAGCAACAAUCUUCCGCCGGGCGUUGCUAAUUCGCCGCUGCGCAAUAUUCCAACGUUAGUGACACAAGCACCGCCCUCAAAAAAUCCCCAACGCGACGAUUUGUAUUCUCACGUCGAUUCGCCGCAACAACAACGCACGAUGAACGAUUACUCGCUACCUCCGCCGCAAAUUCCCGACAUGUCGAGACCUCCGCCGGGUAUUUUCGAUCAACCGCCGCCUUCGACAGGAAAUUCUGCCGCAAAUUCCGAACCGCCUCCUUCGAUUGUUGAAGAUUUGACGCCGAAAUUGCCAUAUUUUGACCUUCCAGCGGGUUUAAUGGUUCCUUUAAUUCGUCUCGAAGAUUACAAUUACAAACCUCUGGACCCCGCGUUGAUUAAACUUCCUGCUCCCGUGGCGCCGAGUGAACGUCUUUUAUCCGCUGUCGAGGCUUUUUACGCGUUGCCAUCUCACGAACGCCCUCGCGACGGCGAAGGAUGGGAAAAACUCGGCUUGUACGAAUAUUUCAAGGUCAAAAAUUCGGCAAAGAAGCAAAAAGAAGAAGAAAUUGCUCAAGGAGUGCGUGAAAGAUCCCGUUCUCCGACUCCGAUCGAUCCGGCGCUUCUUAAACCGCCUCGAAGGAAAAAUAAAAGAUGUUAUCGGUCGAAAAGUCGCACCCGAAGUCGUUCCCGAUCCAAGAGUAAAAGUAAAUCUCCGUCGCCUGCGAUGAAAUCUCGUUCGCCAUCACCCCCGAGUCGCAAUAGAAAUCGCCGACAACGAUCAAUUACACCGCCGUCGCGUCACAAAAACAUCCGCGAACGAGAAAGAUCGAUUUCGCCGCCGAUGGCGAGUUUUGCAGGAGCUUCAUAUACGAAAACUGCAAGCGAAUUCAUCGAAGAAUCGAAUAAGGGACAUCAAAUGUUGAUGAAAAUGGGCUGGGGAGGCAGCGGAAAAGGACUUGGCGUUGCGGCACAGGGAAUCGAUCAACCAAUUUCCGCGGGAGAAGUUCGCGAUAAGCAGGAUUUGUACAAAGGAGUCGGAGCAUCAACGCAAGCCGAUCCAUAUGAAAGUUUUCGUCGAAAUAAAGCCAAUAGUUUUAUUCAUCGCAUUCGAUCACGAGACGAACGUUCUUAAGACAACAAAAAAUCAUCAAACCUGCAUGAAACU